UUAUAAAACUCCCAGUAACCUAAAACAAUUUCUGUAUGACAAAGCACUUUCCAGUGUCCAAAAUCUGUGAUUGUAAUCCUCUAAGCAAAUAAUUUGAGCAAUGGUAAUAGUCCAUCCAGCAAUCAUCCAAGAUGUUGAACACAGGCCAAAACUCACCAAAACUGAAGCAGAGGGCAUUCCAGUGAUUGAUCUCUCAAUACUGAAUUGUCCAUAUACAUCGACGACUGACGCGGAGUUAGAAAGUCUAGUUGCUGAAAUAAGAAAUGCAUGCAAGAAGUGGGGAUUCUUCCAAGUGAUCAAUCAUGGGGUGUCCUUAGAGUGCAGGGAAAAGAUAGAAUUGGCAUCAAGAAAGUUCUUUGGUUUACCUAAAGAGGAAAAGAUAAAAGUGAAGAGAAAUGAGGUGAACUUCAUGGGAUAUUAUGAUACUGAGCUCACAAAAAAGAUUAGGGACUGGAAAGAAGUCUUUGAUUUUACUGUUGAGAAGACAGCUAUGGUCCCACUUUCUCAAGAUCCUAAUGACAAGGAGCUCAGGGAGUUUCACAACCAAUGGCCUCAGUACCCUCCAGGAUUGAGGGAGGUGUGUGAAGAGUAUAUUCAACAAAUGCAAAAGUUGGCUUACAAGUUAGCAGAAGUGAUAUCACUCAGCUUAAGCUUGCCAGCAAAAAGGCUGAAUGAGUUCUUUGAAGACCAAGUUGCUUUUGGAAGGAUAAAUCAUUAUCCUCCUUGUCCUGUCCCUCAUCUGGCUUUAGGAGUUGGUAGACACAAAGAUGCUGGUUUAUUUACUAUUUUGUCUCAAGAUGAUACCGGAGGGCUUGAAAUAAAGAGGAAAACUGAUGGAGAAUGGAUAGGAGUUAAACCUACUCCUGAUGCUUACAUUGUAAAUCUUGGUGACGCUACACAGGUGUAUAGCAAUGGUGAAUAUGAGAGUGUGGAACAUCGCGUCGUGCUCAAUACUGAAAGGAGUAGAUUUUCAAUUCCAUUCUUCGUCAAUCCAUCGCAUAGUACUUGGAUACAACCCUUGGAGGAGAAGGUCAAUGAGAAGAACCCUGCAAAGUAUAAGGCCUAUAACUGGGGAAUGCUUUACACUCAUCGCAGAAAACACGAUCCCAAGACGCGUGAUGAGGAAAACCUUCCAGUUGAUCAUUUCAAGGCUUGAAACAAAUGAAUUUUAUGUUAUGUCUUCUUCAAGUAAAUGUGUCAUGUAAUAUAAAUAAUAACAUCUUUUAUUAGUGUCUCUGUCUAGUUGUAAUGAAAACACUGAAUCUCCUAUAUGUGUAAUCCCAGCAAAUUGUGUCACUUCUGCAGUAGAGUCAAUGUAAUUGUUUUCAUCUCAUCUUAUAUUACAAUGAUCUUAUCUUUGCCUUAA